UUUAGUGCUGAAGAUAAAUUUUCUAAGUUUGCAUUAAAAGGGAUUUUGGAGCAGUUUAAUAAAUUUUAAAUUGAAACAAAAAAAUGGCCUCCGCCUCCAGCAGCAGCGCGAAGAACCUGUUCAGCGACUCCAAGCGCCGUCUGGCGGAACGGGUUGCCGUGAAUGUGAACAAUGCCUCGUCGGUGGCUCGCCAAAUCGUGCGGGGCUCCAAGUCGAACGAAAUCCUGAUGCAGGCAGCGAAAAACUUCGCCUAUCACGAGAGCACGGUGGACAACAGCAUUCAAAAUUUGCGCAAAAUGGACAUCAUUUUCCAGCAUCUGAACUAUCAGUACGAGGCAAUCCAGCAGGCGGCGGAAAAGCUGGAAUAUGUGGAGGAACAGGUUGGGGCGAUGGAAAGAUGAUAAAAUUUGUCUUGAUGAUAAGACGAUAAAGAGUGAUUACAAAAGUUUGCGGUUGAGCAGCCCCUCGGGUUGUAAACAAGUGUGGCGAUCGAAGCGCGCCACGCGGCGAGCACUCGCACUGCUUCAAAUAUUCAAACAUCUGUCAAAAGUUCCCGCCGGGUUUUUGUUUACGUUCGGUUCCGCCAAAGUUGCGCGAAAAGAUCUCGUUUUGAUUUGUCUAAAAUUAAUCGAAUAAAUUCGUGUUUAAGCUUAUC